AUGAAACCUCAAAAAAGUACAGCAAGUUUUGACUUACCCGACUAUUUAGCAUCAAAAUAUACACUCCGCACUAACACUCCACAAAACCGAAGACCAUCAAAAAAAUUUCUUCCACAGCUGAAAUUAGGCGUAAGUGAAGAAACUCCGAAAUCGUUUCAUGGGUCAUUUAUCAAUAUUUUAAAUACUGAUACAAAAAAUUCUCUUAUAGCUGGGCAUGAGAAAUCACCUCAUGGGUUCAUGUCAGAUCUCAAAAAAAAUCGGCUUUCUCAUAAUGAUAGUUUUACACAUCAAGAAUAUUCAAUAUCUAAACAAUUAACUUCUUUUGAUUUGCAUACUUUGCCACUCAGUCAAGCUGCUGAUUAUUCACAGUUAGAAUGCCCACAUGUCAGAAGAAAAUGCGGAUUUUCAAAAAAGUGACUACUUGUUACAGAAGAUCCCAAAGGUUUUAAAAGGAAUCAAGGAUUAUGCAGUUUUUAUGCAAAUCAGCCACAGCCACAUAGAUAUAAAUUUGGGGAAGUUAAAAGGUUGAAUGAGAAAAUGCUGACCCCCUUCUUAGUAAGCAAACAAAACCAUUGGAAAGUCCUUAUUUUUUGUCUAAAAGCCCACCCUCCGUGAGCAAAACAAAAAUUUUUUAUGAAAAAAAAAUUUUGAUAUUUAAAUGAUAAUUAGUAUAAUGAAAUCUCUAGCUAAUUCUGUUUAAUUUUAAACAAAUUGCGUUUUUAAAACAUAAAUUUUUACAAAUUAAAUAAAUAUUUGCUUUCCAAUUUUUGCGAAUUGUGAUUUUUUAAAUUUCCAACACAAAAAAAUUAACCUCCUCCGUGAGCGAACCAAUUUUUUUUUUUUCACUCACGGAGGAGUAAGCACUUUGAAAAGCGUAAAUUCAAAGAAACAAUUAUUUGAGAAAGUUAGGCAUAGAAGCCUUCGUAGAGUUGAAAGUGAAAGAGAAAAAAUUCGAUCAAAAAGCACUGAUUUUAUGCUGAUGAGAAAAAUUCAUAAAAAAUCCCAAAAAAAUUGAGAAUUAUUGGAUGCUCAAAAUAAUGAAGAAGAAAUAAAGUCUUUUGAUUUGAAAUUAAAAAAUAUCAAGGACCGAAAAAGAUGAUGCUACAAUAUAUAA